CCGGCACUCUUCAGUCUGAUGUCCUGUUGCAUCACGAGCAUCUCCAAGCCUCCAUCUCUUCUUCUUUCCUCAGCGCCAGAGAGAACCGAACAAGACUAACCAUGAGCCACUCUUCAAUGCAUACCUCAACUUCCUACAGGCGCACCUUUGGGAGCCCUCACCCCAUCCCCAUGUCCUCUUACUCCAAUGUGUCCUCCCGCAUGCCCAGUUCUGGGGGGCGCUACAUGCGUUCAAUGUCUCCAGCGGUUGCAUCCCGCUCCACCACCUACCACCAACAGCGUUCUCGCCCCAGCGCUCAGGCCCCUCGCCUCUCCUACGACAAGGUGGACUUCACCCUGUCCGAAGCCAUCAACCAGGAGUUCCUAACCACCCGCAGCAACGAGAAGGCCGAGCUGCAGGAGCUCAACGACCGCUUCGCCAGCUUCAUCGAGAAGGUGCGCUACCUGGAGACGCAGAAUGGUGCACUGCAGCAGGAACUCAACCAGUUCAAGGGCCAGCAGCAGCACGGUCAGCCCAACCGCGCCUCCGACCUCUUCCAGGAGGAGGUGAGGGACCUGCGCCGCCAGCUGGACGACACCGGAAAGGAGAGGGACCAGUACCUUCUGGAGAGGGACAACCUGGGUGAUGACGUGGUCCAGCUCAGGCAGAGGUUGGAGGAAGAAGCCCAGAAGAGGGCAGAUGCUGAAGGUAACCUGGUUGCUUUCCGCAAGGAUGUGGAUGAUGCCACAUUGUCCCGUCUGGAGCUGGAGAGGAAGAUCGAGUCUCUGAUGGAUGAGAUUGAAUUCCUUAAGAAGCUCCAUGAUGAAGAAAUUCAGGACGUACAAGUGAGUGUCCAGACCCAGCAGCUGAAGAUGGAGGUGGAGAGCACCGCCAGGCCUGACCUCACUGGUGCUCUGAGGGACAUCAGGGCCCAGUAUGAGACCAUUGCUUUGAAGAACAUGCAGGAGUCUGAGGACUGGCACAAGUCCAAGUUUAAUGAUUUGACUGAGUCCGCAAAGCGCAACACUGACUCUCUGAGGCAGGCCAAGCAGGAGGCCAACGAGUCCAGGAGGCAGAUUCAGUCUCUCAACUGUGAAGUUGAUGCCAUGAAGAACACGAAUGAAGCUCUGCUGAGGCAGAUGCGUGAAAUGGAGGACCAGUUUGGCAUUGAGAUCGGCAGCUACCAGGACAACGUGGGCAGACUGGAGGAUGAGAUCCGCCACCUGAAGGACGAAAUGGCUCGCCACCUUAGGGAGUACCAAGACCUCCUCAAUGUCAAGAUGGCUCUGGACAUUGAGAUUGCUACUUACCGUAAACUGCUGGAGGGGGAGGAGAGCAGGAUUACUGUUCCCAUGCUCAGUAUGGGCAUGAGCAAUCACCAUGGCGAUCGAGACUUUGAACACGCUCCAGCCAGCAUGAGCAAGAGGACUGUGGUGAUCAAGACCGUUGAGACUAGAGACGGAGAGGUGGUGAAGGAAUCCAAGAGGGAGAAGGAGAGAGAGCCAGUCCGCACCGGCAAGGACGACGACGACGACAACGACGAGUAAAAAAAAAAGUGAAGUCCAGAGCCACGAGAGAAAAAAAUGCAUUAAAAGAAGGAAAAAAAUAGAAAGAAACCUCAAACUCUGAUCUAUGUAGUCCCCAUUCCCCGCUAGUUACAGUAUGUGUUAAAUCGUCUAGCAGAGAGUCUCUCAGUAUAGAAUGAAUGAAUCGACAGUGUCACUUUGGUGCUAUUUAAGCCACCCAACUUUUGCUAAACACUUGUGUCAUCUGUACGGCUAAGCAAAGCCACUUUAUUAACCUACCACUUGAGGCCUUGAUUUACAGUGCAAUCCCGUGGAAUCCUUAGACGACCACACGUUUGUAGCAGAGUAUUAAAGUACAGGCUGAAAUAGAAAGAUUAAAUGGAGGAUUGUAGUAGUUUGAGUCGUAGAUAUGACUUAAUAACAAAACUUCAGACACUGCCGCCCUUUGGUCAACCCACCUUGAAAGACAGGCUGAGAAUAAAUUAACCUAUUUGCAUUUGUUUUAGAAGCUUUGCUAUCAUCUUAUAGUGCAAACCAAUAAAAUCACCAAAGACAUGGAUUAUUAAUAAACAUGUAACACAGGAAAUGUUGAUGCUGAAAAUAUGACAAGUCACCAACUGAAAAGACUUUUGCUGAAUGUGCUUUGCAACGCUGUGUGUAUCUGGCACUAAUGAUGAAUGAAUAUGUAAGUGCAAAUAAACUUAAUUGGAGCAAA